CCUACAUGGGAUCCCUCCCCUGACGUCGGCAAAAGUUGACUUUUUUUUUUUUUUUUCCUCCAGCUAAAUGUGAUCUGUCGGGCCAGUGGCACUGCACACAAUGUGUUAAAGCAGCGCUGGGGUGCGAUGUUGAUGAUUCCUCAAGUUGUGUUGGACCUUAAAAUCCGCCUAGGGAAUAAACCGUGGAAAUUAGUUUUGUAGACCGUGCCGGGACAGAGGGGAGCAGGGUAGUGUGCGCAGGACAGACCAUGGCAAAUAAGUCAACUCUGAGCUUGUUUAAAGUUCUCCUCUCCGCAGCGACCAUAGCCAUUAUAGUGUGGAGUCCAGUCAGCGCCCAGCAUCACAGGAGUCCCUCCUCUCCCGGACGGCGAGGCAGAAACACUGAGGGCCACAUUGCCUCGCACCGUGUUUCACAUGUCCGUCUUAGCCCGGAUGAAAUCAGGAAGCUGCACUUCAAGCCCACCGCAGGCUCCAUCCGGCUGUCAGAGGGCCAUGAAGCUAAGUUCAACUGCUCCAUCGACAUCCCUGAUGCCAGGCUGGAGCCCACCAUCAUUUGGCUGAAGAACAAGCAGGACCUGGCAGCCAACAUGCAGGUGGUGAUCAACGAGCUGCAGACCGCCACAGAUGGGGUUACAACUCUGGUCUCCACGGUCAGCAUUAACCCUGUGCAGAGAACAGAUUCUGGGGAGUACCGCUGCAGACUGAACAUCAGCGCCAAAGUGAUCGACUCCUUACCCAUUGUAAUCCAGGUGGAAGGUCUUCCAACAUUUAUCAGGCAUCCCGAGGACGUGAACAUAACAAGGGACAGACCCUUCACCUUGUGGUGUGAGGCGAUCGGACCUCCACAACCUGUGAAAAUCCGCUGGCUUCGUGAUGGAUUACAUGCCAGUGACUUUACUAGCUCUCCUAGCCAUCACACAGUGUCAGGUGUGGAAAGGCAUACUCAGUUCAGCUGUGAAGCUCACAACGAGAAGGGGGUCACCACUUCCAGAGAAGCAAACAUUAACAUCAAAGUGCCUCCCAGUCCUGUUACUGAGGUUACUGUUAUACAGAGGCAGUCUAAUAAGUUCAACUUGAGUUGGACCCCUGGAUUCGAUGGUUUCUCUCCACUCACCAAAUGCCACAUUAGGGUUAAAGAGGUGAGCCGGAGGAGAGGGGAGGUGACAACCACCAGAUUCAUCAACACCACCGUGCCACCAUUCCAGUGUGAGGUUUCCGGGUUGCAGGCCAUGACCUGGUACAACAUGAGUGUUUCCUGCAGCAAUGAGGUGGGGGACUCCCCUGUCACCCUCUGGAUCCAGAAUAACACCACAGAGGGAGUGCCGUCAGUUUAUCCCCGCAAUGUCACAGUACAACUGAAUGAGUCAAUGCUGGUGAUCAAAUGGAGGCCUCCACCAGCGGAUAAGAUCAAUGGCAUCCUGCGCGGUUACGAUGUUAUCGUUAGACACGGGACACAGGUGAACACGAUCCACAGCAACACCACGAUGACCUUUGUAGCUCUGCAGGAAUUCAACACAACCUACAGUGUGGAGGUGGCUGCAUGCACCCAGGCAGGGAGCGGCAUGAUCAGCCCACCGGUCUCACUCUUUGUGCCAGAGAACAACUGGGUCCAGUCCCCAUCAGCCAGUCCUGACACCAGUGCCUCAGACUCUGUCUACGUUGUACUGGGUGUGGUGUGUGGCAUCUGCCUGCUACUGGUCGUCCUCUGGGUCGCUAUCUGCAUACACAAUGGGACUCUAGACACUUGGUUUGGGCAGAUAUUUGGAGGUGGAGAGAAGCAGCAGCCUAUUGUACAGUACAGACCCCAGAGAUCCUACAACCGAUCAGCCAUAGAAAUGACACUUGGGAGUCUCGGCAUUAGUGAUGAACUCCAGGCCAAACUUCAGGAUGUGAUGAUCAUGAGGAACUUGCUUUCCAUCGGUAAAAUCCUUGGAGAAGGUGAGUUUGGUUCAGUGGUGGAGGGACAUCUGAGGCAGCCAGAUGGAACAUCAGAAAAGGUUGCUGUGAAGACAAUGAAAUUGGAUAGCUUCUCUCAAAAGGAGAUCGAAGAGUUCCUGAAUGAAGCUGCCUGCAUGAAAGACUUCAACCACCCAAAUGUCAUCAGACUACUAGGUGUGUGUUUGGAGGCGGGCUCAGGACAUUUUCCCAAACCGAUGGUCAUCCUGCCAUUCAUGAAAUACGGAGAUCUGCACAGCUUCCUGCUGCGCUCACGCCUAGGAGACAGUCCACUUUUCUUACCCACCCAGACACUCCUGAAGUUCAUGGUUGACAUUGCUUUGGGUAUGGAGUAUCUCAGCAGUCGUAACUUUCUGCACCGGGAUCUGGCUGCACGCAACUGCAUGCUACGUGAUGACAUGACUGUGUGUGUGGCAGACUUUGGGCUAUCUAAGAAGAUCUACAGUGGGGAUUACUAUAGGCAAGGCAGGAUAGCCAAAAUGCCUGUAAAAUGGAUUGCAGUAGAGAGUCUGGCAGACAGAGUUUUUACUGUAAAGAGUGAUGUGUGGGCAUUUGGUGUUACCAUGUGGGAGAUUGCUACACGAGGCAUGACACCGUACCCUGGCAUCCAGAACCAUGAGAUUUACGACUACCUUCUAGAGGGACACAGGCUGAAGCAGCCAGCAGAUUGUUUGGAUGAACUGUAUGAGAUCAUGUACAGCUGCUGGAGAGCCGAUCCGCUGGACCGACCCUUCUUCCCGCAGCUGCGAAAAAUGUUGGAGAAGCUGACAGAAAAGCUUCCAGAGUCUUCCAGCAAGGAGGACAUCAUCUAUAUCAACACCAGCUUUCCUGAGGAGGACCCUGACGGAGAGGCUCUCCAGGCUGACCGUCCGGUUUUCAGCUCGUCCCCGUCCUGCAGCCACCAAGCGGUAGAAAACUCUAUAGUGACUGCAGACAUUCACGGCAGCCUGGAGGAUGAGGAGGAUGAUGAGGGCGACGAUCGUUACGUGGUGGUGAUCUCUUCUGAUCCCUCCUUGAGAUCUUCUGAAGCAGUGGACACACCUCUUCUGCCAAGUAACGGUUCAGUUCAAGCAAACGGAGGCACAGUUCAUGUCACAGAGGUGGAUCACAGCUCGGCUGACACAGCUCUCCUGCUGUAAAGACUGGUACCCACAAGAUCAAAACUGUGAUGAAAAGAUCUUUCCAUGGUUCAUGAGUAGCCUACUAAACAUCCCUCAUUGCACUUGGUGCACCUUGACACUUCCCUGUGUGGAAUAUCUGUAGUAUUAUUGUGUGUGUGUGUGUGUGUGUGUGUGUGUGUGUGUGUGUGUGUGUGUGUGUGUAUGUGUCUUUGUUGGCAUUAUGAAGAGUGGUCCAAUUUAUGAAAAUUUUUGCGUCAUGACCAGCCGGCUCAUCACUCAUCAGUGAUAAUGUGCACGCUUAAACACCGAAGAUGUUGAUGCACAUGUUCCAAUAAGCUUGUGAUACACUGAACUGUGAAAUAUUUUACUGUAAUGAAUUCUGAGUUAUAAUGUAAAUGUUGGAGUGUACAUUUAUGGAGUGCCUGCUGCAAAAAAAAAAAAAAAGA